AUGAAACCACUCCGCAUACUUGUGUUCCCCAACCGAACCUACGCAUAUCUCCUUGUCCACCCCGUCCCUCCCCUCACAGAACGUGGACUCGCAGUAUCAGAAAGCACGUUUGCACCACCUGGAGCGAGCCCAUUCUCGCGCUAUGUGAGCACGGACUACCAAUGGACGGAUAACGAUGCAAGCGUGGACUCGUGGGCCAUCCGUGACUUCCACUCCUGGAUCUCCAUGGCCUUCCUCAAGUGGCCUGUCAAGGAUCAGCUUCUUUGCAGUGCAUGCUGGGCGUAUGCGGUGGUGGCGAGUGUGGAGGCUGCGUACGGCAUCGCAUUGAAUCAAGCUGCUCCCCAGCUGUCAGUGGAGUCACUCUUUGCAGCCAUGGGGCUCACCGAUGCAGACAAGUGCACCGCUGGAGGCUCCCCCACUUCAGCCUUUGAGAAGCUCGUCACUCUUGAUGCCAGCAGUGGGCUCACAGGAGUCAAUGACCUGGGAACAAGCUACCCGGUGGCAGCAUUUGAGCGGGCGCUCUUCAAGGGGUACUUCGGGCUCAUGCUGGCAGUGCGGCGCCAGCCAGUGGUGGUUCACAUCGAGGCUUCGGCCGACACGUUCUUCCAGUAUGAUGGGGACCCUGCGUGCUACACGGGCAAUCUGAACCAUGUGGUGCUCGUCGUUGGCUACUUCAUCAAUCGAGACGACGGCAGCCAGAGACGCAUCUCACCUCCAUUUUGGGUCAUCCGCAACUCGUGGGGGGUGGAAUGGGGAGACAAAGGCCACAUGCGCAUGGGCAUUCAGGGAGGGGAUGGCGUGUGUGGCAUCAACGUGCUGCCUGGCAUCUACCCCGUUGUUAAGAACCAGAUUGGCAUUGAGCCAGCCAUGUGUGGAGUGCAGGAGGUGGGGAUAGCGUUAGCAGCUUCCAUCAGCAAAACUUCUGGCACAAUGGCUGCUGGGUGGGGGCAAUGCCGCGAGGACCCGGUAGGCGUGGAUGAAGAAGCUGGCUGGGAAGCCGUGCUCUCCUUCUAG